UAUUACCUGUGGCAAACUCCGAAUAUCUUUCAUUCAUUCAUCGUCAUAUUUUUCUCGUAUAUUGGGUUGUUUUUGUGUCGCUAAUCUCAAUUAAACAUAAUUGGAAUAGCAAUUAUGUCCCAGUCUAACAGCAGUUAUUGAAUUCGCUGGAAACAACUGUACAUAUUUAUGUGAAAACGUAAACUUUAAUCGGGCCGACCUUGUAUAAAUGAACAUACGUAUUUUGGUUGGCAUGUGAAACUAAAAGUGAAUUCUUGUGUUUAUCGACAGCUCGGAGUGGUUAACUAUUAGUGUUAUAAGUUAUAGACCUUGAUGGAUAUCGCGAAGGACUAAUUCGUCAGUAUUAUGUAUACAUUUGCGUGUGGUAAAGACCACCUGGAGAUCAGGCUUGUGUCAGAAGUAUGUUCACGACGACAGGGAUGGUAGCAGCACCACAGCAGGCGACGGGCCAGGUCGCGCAGAAUGGGAGUACGACGUUGCCUCGCUCGCAUCAUCAGAGGACAGGGAGGCCGCCUGCAGCCCCCAAGUCUUACGACUAUCUUCUAAAAGUGCUCCUGGUGGGGGACUCUGAUGUGGGCAAGCAGGAAAUACUACAAGACCUAGAGGAUGGUUCUGCAGAUUCUCCAUUUUGUAGUGGCAGUGCAUACAAAACAACAACGAUUCUCCUUGAUGGCAAGCGAGUGAAGCUACAGCUAUGGGACACGUCGGGACAGGGUCGGUUCUGCACGAUCAUCCGGUCCUACUCCCGCGGCGCGCAGGGCAUCCUGCUCGUGUACGACAUCACCAACAAGUGGUCCUUCGACAGUAUUGACCGGUGGCUGGAGGAAGUAGAGAGGCACGCGCCCGGCGUGCCCAAAGUGCUAGUCGGCAACCGCCUACACCUCGCGUUCAAGCGGCAAGUGCAAGAGCGCGACGCCGAGAUGUACGCCGCCAAGAACCACAUGGCGUUCUUCGAAGUGAGCCCGCUGUGCGACUUCAACAUUCGCGAGAGCUUCUGCGAGCUGUCGCGGAUGGCGCUGCAUCGGAACGGUAUGGAGCGACUCUGGAGGAGCAAUAAAGUGCUGAGCCUGCAAGAGCUGUGCUGCCGCGCCAUCGUGGCGCGCACGUCGGUGUACGGGCUGGAGCGGCUGCCGCUGCCCGCGACGCUGAAGUCGCACCUCAAGUCCUACGCCAUCUCGGCCGCGCCGCGCCGCCUGCGCGCGCGCGCCGCCAAGCACCCGCACCCGCGCCUCAACUGCAGCGGCCGCAACUCCUGCUCCGUCGUCUGAGCCGCGCGCGCGCCGCCAAGCACCCGCACCCGCGCCUCAACUGCAGCGGCCGCAACUCCUGCUCCGUCGUCUGAGCCGCGCGCGCGCCGCCAAGCACCCGCACCCGCGCCUCAACUGCAGCGGCCGCAACUCCUGCUCCGUCGUCUGAGCCGCGCGCGCGCCGCCAAGCACCCGCACCCGCGCCUCAACUGCAGCGGCCGCAACUCCUGCUCCGUCGUCUGAGCCGCGCGCGCGCCGCCAAGCACCCGCACCCGCGCCUCAACUGCAGCGGCCGCAACUCCUGCUCCGUCGUGUGAGGCUGCCUGCGGUUAGCACUUAGCUCUACUCUGUCUGCCCCGGCCUCUAACCGACUUCACACGCGCCCGAUGUCAGCUAGGAAAUUAACCGCAUACGAAGUCAUUAUGUUGGAUAUUAUAUUCGACGCUAUUGACAGGUAUUGAAGUUCGAAUUUCAACAAAUAUUUUUUAUUGCAUGCAGUAAGUUAAGGUCAAUAUGGUGAAGACCGGCGUAUAAAAUGUAUUGCCGAGACCGUCGUAGGGCUAGAAUUCACGUAUUUGUAUACGUACAGUCAGCGUCAAAUACUUCGUAGCAGUCAAAGUAGCCAAAUAGUUUGGUACACCAUAUAUUUAGUAUGGUGUACCGAACUAUUUGGCCACUUUGACUGCUACGAAGUAUUUGACGCUGACUGUACGUCGCUCUGACACAGUCAGACUGUCUCUUCCUGUCUGACUCAGACAAGAAGAGCUUCACUCCUGCACCUUCUGUGUGUAUGUGUGGAGUAUGUGUAAAGGAAUGCUCCCGGUACUGGUUUACUAUACAAAUACAGUACCGAAACCGGAAAUCCCCGGUUCUCGCCAUACAAACUCAGAACCGGGGGCAUUCCCUAACAUUGUACGCAAGACCUAAAAGCGACAAAAGGGAGACGAUUAGUUCUAAAGUUUUAUUCAUCUUGGCACUAUCAGAGUACCAUAUUAACGCAUUCACUACCAGUUACACGCUACGCUUAUAGCCAAUAACGCGUUUUCCCGCGUUGUAGCAAAAAGCACCUUCAAACCGAAACCCUGCUGAGCGAGUCGCUCUCAGUGAAUAUGUUAACUUGUUUGGAAAACUAGACACUAAAACAAAUAUUUAGUAAAAAGUUUUGUUUGUUUCGUAUUUACGAAUACUGUGCAUAAUUGCUGUUAGUAUCUUAUGCGUCCCGCGCGUAGCUGUGGACGUUUAUCUUGUUUGUCGUAGCUCAACAAUUUCCAAAUAACAUACCAUCUUGAGACAGCAUUACAUAAAGUGCAAGAUUUAUGUCAUUAAUUAAUCUCUGCAUUGCCACUGAAGUUACAAUGGGCAUACAAAAUAUCGUCUUCAUAGGUUGAAAGUUGGUCUGUGUAAUUUUUUGUAAUAAAAUCAAAUUUAAUUCCAUUUGUCAUAUUAUUUGUAUAGACAGUUUUUUCCAUGUAAUGUAACUCAUUGAUAAUGCCAAGAGGUCGGGGUUCUAGCUUUAGUUAAAACAAAUUGACUAUAAUUAUUAUUGUUAAUCUCAGUGUGAAGCCACGAUUAGAACACAUUUUUCCUGUGUCGCUUAUAGGGAAGAUGUCGAAACGCCCGUCAAAAAUAUCAUAUUUUUAAAUAAAAUUUUCCUAACUGCCAACAAUUUAAUAUUAAAUGUUUAUUAUUAAUAACGUAAAUGUAAACAUCACAGUAAUUAUCGUUCCGAUUGUAUUUGAUAGUAUUAACGCCCUACAAUAGAAUAGUCGAUGAUCCUAACACAAAAUACAGGCUGUACUGACAACGGAUUUGUGACUAGUUUUAGACUAGAUUAAGGUAUUGUUACUUAAAAGGUCAUAAUGUGAAUAUAGGUAACGUUAUUAUAGAUAUAUGUGAAUAUACUGUACGGCACCUGUUCUGAUACCUCCCACAGUAGCGCCUCUCUUAGACUUAUGGUAGUUCAGAUGAAGUUAUAGUUCGUUCGCGUUAAGAAUGCAGUUAAAUCAUUAUUGUUCGUUGAUAAAUAAGUAAGUAAGUAAACACUUUAUUGUACGAGAAAAAAAGAAAUAUUGAUUACAUAAAUGUGUAGUACAAAGGCGAACUUAUUCCUAAAAGGAUCUCAUCCAGUUAACCUAUACCUAAAGGAGUAAUAAAAAUAACUACUUAAAAUAAUUAUAUAUUAUUACAUACUUUAAACUAUAUAUAAAUAAAUAUAAAAUAACCCAUCCACUAUCUAUCCUACCUGUCAGUUAGUUCUUCGUCUGAGAGCCCAAGGUUUUUUAGUUUAUAUUUUAGCGAUGCCACCAAUUGACGCGCUACCACCGCGAGUUACGAGCAUCGCUAAGCCGGCGGACAAUGAUGAUUUUACUGCAUUCUUAAUGCGAACGAACUAUAUGUUGGAUUCAGUGCCAUCGAUUGCCCAUUUCAAGCACAUUUUCGCAAUGUCCCAUAACUAAAAAUAUACCGACCAACAUUACCAAUGUCAUAAUUGGCACCACCAAAGCCCAACCUGAGUGUGCUUGUACUGUUUUCAACUCUAUUACUGAGAAAGGUAGAGUAAUGGCUUAACUACGCUCGUGGAUAGUCCGUAACACUUAUCUCGUCAUAACCUAACCUUUCCGUAAUGCGCGCGGUUAUUUUUUUUGCGACAAACGCAGCGUUGAACGCAUGCGAUCAACGGAAUGUAAGAAAAAUGACAAUGCGCUUACCGCGGCGUUUAUUACCACGUAAAACAGUAUGGUUAUUAGAUUAUCUGAUGGUAAAUGGUGUGCGGCAAACGCAAAAAACACCGCGCGCUUAACUUUGCCAUGACAUCGCGCCAUGAAAGGCGAUAUUUACUGGAAGAGGACUAGUUACCCUGUAUUUUCCCAUUUUAUGUAGUUAAUAUUAAUGAAAGCUAUGUAUCCAACUCAGGUUCUUGCUCAUGCUUAGCUACAGUACGUAUGCAUAUACUAGUGCAUACUGUAAUGCAUUCGUAAGUUUGUUACUCGGUUCGAUGCAACCGUACAUAGUACAGUACCACCGCAAACACAGCAAUGUCUAAAUUUUUCUCGUUCAAAGUCUAAUUCCGAUAUAACGGGGUCAUUUAGAUUUGUUAAAUUAACUACCUAAAUCCUUGAAAUCAAGGGUGGAUGGGGUGGCUAAGAGGCGCAAACGCGACCCCAAAGCACGUCCCUUCAUAUUUUUUUUAGGUCCUUACCUCAUUAGGAUCAAGCUUCUCCCCCCCCCCCUAAAAUCCUGGAACCACCACUGCUUGAAAUGACUACAUUGCAAUGUCGAAAUAAUUCCGUUUCUCUACAGAUUGUCGUUUAAAUAUGAACGUAAAUUCCAACCACUAGAGUACAAUGUCCUUAUUUUUAUAACCAUUUAGUGUAUCAUUGUGGGCUACCCCUAUAAUUAAAGUCACUUAUUGUCCACUAUUAAUAAGUAGAGUAAGGUCACAUAUUAUGUAAACACUUGUAAAUAUUUAACAAUUUGAGGAAUUCAUCGUAUACCAAAAGUUCUACCUAAAUUCCAACAACAUAUGGCUAUUUUCAGAUAACUUGUUUACUAUGUUAGGGUCUUAUUAUUUAGGAGGUUAAAACUUUUCGCAUAAAAUGUGUCACUUUUCUGUACAUUAUCUAGAAAGCUUGUUUCCAAAACGUUGCAAUUGCAAUACCGUAAAUGAAAAUCCAUGCAGUAAUUAACAGACCAUACAAUUAUCAAGUAAGUUAAUUAUUUUGUACUAGAGAAACUAAGGAAAAUAUUUAGUUUUUGAACAUCAUCAAAAAUACUUUGUGAAGCUAUAUUAAUUGCUAUUUUGGGAUUCUCGUAUUUUGGAAAUAAGCUAAAAUAUGGUUGUGUAUGUUUUAGUAUGUGACAGCUAUUAGUUUUUGCAUUUAAAUGUUUCAUAUCGAGCACAUAGCCACGAACCCACUAAGAAGUUGGAAGUGUGUCAAUCAAUACAUUUGGUUCUCCGUCCCUAUAAAACCGAACCAUUCGUUAGUAACUAAAUGUAACAUAUAACCUAUAUACACUUAAGCUCUGGUUUCCUAGGAUAGCGGUGCCGUCAUAUAACGUCCGUAAUAUUACGAACGCAAAAAUAAUGAUCCUUCAAUCAGCGCCCUCUAGGAAACCGCGCCAGUUUGUUUACAUAGACAACGUUCUAUAUGACAUCACCGGUAUCCUAGGAAACCAGAGCUUUACCUGACAAAGAAUUGACGACGAUAACAAGUAAUCAUCCCAAUUCGAUACUUUUAGAUCAUUAUGAAAAAAUAUCGGGAAUUUAAUCGGAUCGAUAUCUUGGUUGGUCUAACUGCCAACAAUAUAGACUACCCGUCUUUUUCUUACUGUAUUUACUAGGGACGGACGGGUAGCCUAUCUCGCGAGUACUGUCGCGACAGUCCUGGGGCCCAUUUCUCGAACGGUAUUAGACUAAUAUUAUUAGUCCACGAACUGUCAAAUCGUAUGCAACACACUAAUAAUAUUAGACUAAUACGGUUCGAGAAAUGGGCCCCUGUGCUAAUCCGGCAUCGCUUAAACAUCUGGCAUCCAUCUUUCUCUAAGUAUUGUUCUAAGAUGAAUAUGUGUCAUUUAAAAAGACGUGAUUGGUCAGUUUGUGGUUCGCUCUGCGUAGAAGCCCCAAGAAUACAUUUCUAAAUUAUUGUAACUACGUAAUACUUGUUGCAUGAUAAUCUUGCUACUGAAAGUUGUGCCAAGGGCAGUCAGCAAAAGAAUACAGUUUGCACCCCUUACCCCUAAGGGGUUUAGCUAUAGGGGUUUAAAUGCGGUGAAACAGUUAUCAAGCGAAAAGUAAACAUGCAUUACAAAAUGUGUAUAUGUUGAAAAUAAUGAAAAUGAAUAAUCAAAUGGGAUUACAAAGUACGUACUUGUAAAUAAGGACCUACUUUGGCCAGCUUUCAGUACAUUUUGACAAGUUGUGACGCGUCCAAAGCGACGAAUUUGUAAAUUAUUUUACUAAAUUAUAACUGUUGACGAAAAUAACUAACUUUUGUAAAUAUUGUUUCGACAUUAUGAGUUAUUUUCAUUUUUCACUUGUGAUUGUUUUAGUUGAUAAACUUAAUCCAAAUACAUACACUAAUGCCAGCUGAAAGUUUGGGUUAGAUUGCUGCAGUCAUUAUCACUACUAUUGUAAGUUGUGAAAUAAAUUUAAUUUAUAAUAAUUA